UCAGUUCGAUGCAACCCUCAAGACAAGAAAGUCCUCCUCAAAAUCAAACAACACUUCAACAACUCCUAUGACUUCUCCUCGUGGAACCCUGACACCGACUGCUGCACUUGGUACAUAGUCAAGUGCGACCGCCUCACAAACCGCAUCACCAGAUUCAAUCUCAUCACCGCGGACGACGUCGCAGGCCCCAUCCCGGACGCCAUCGGCGACCUCCCCCACCUCACAUCCCUAACCUUCCACAAACUCCCCAACCUCAUCGACUCGAUCCCACGUGGCAUCACGAAGCUAACCAACCUCCAAAGCCUCACCAUCACUUGUACCAACGUCUCCGGCCCCAUCCCGCCCUUCCUCAGCCAGCUCAAGAACCUCACCGGCCUCUCCCUAUCCUUCAACAACCUCACCAGCUCAAUCCCACCCUCCCUGGCCCAGCUCAAGCUCCUGGCGGGCCUGAGCCUGGACAGGAACAGGCUCACUGGGAGCAUCCCAGAAACAUUCGAGGAUAUCCCAGCGAGCCUCAUGUACAUUGACCUGUCGCACAACCAGCUCUCGGGGAGCAUCCCCAAGGGCUGGGGCAAGUUCAACUUCACGACACUCCAAUGGGAAAAGGGUUGUGUGUUGAACACUUGA